CACCCAUCAUUAAUCAAAUUAAAUCUGAUUGUAUCAAUUAAUUCCGUUAAUACCGAAAUAUCAACACUCCCUUGGGCAUUCCACGGACAGUUUCCUCUUCUCUGGCGGCCCAGACCGUUUGAUAAUCUAUCUUGUCUUCUUUUCCCAUUGAUUUCUCUUUCUAUUAGCCGAAAACAGCCAGUCCAUUAAACCAAACACAAAAAAGUAAGUGAACAAACUCUCUUACUCUUUUCGAAGAUCUGCUCUCUUGGCGUCGAUUUUCGGCAUUGAUUUACUGGAAUCAUCAUAUCAGCACCACUUAUCUGUUGGGCUUCUUCCUCUGAACCAAUUAUCUGUUAGAUAUGGAAGCUAUCAAGAAGCAGGCUACGAAGCUCAGAGAGCAAGUUGCCAAGCAACAGCAAGCAGUACUUAGGCAUCUCGGGCAUUUUAGUAAUGAAGACAUUACUGUUGAUGAAGUUGAGCUUCAAUGUCAUCAAAAGCUUCAAGAUCUAUACAGUUCUACAAAGGCAGCUAAGCAUUUGCAGCGGAGCAUUGUCCGUGGCAUAGAAGGUUUUAUUGCAACAAGCACAAAGCUGAUAGAAAUAGCUAGGAAGUUGGCUGAUGAUUGUUGCAAAUAUGGAGCUGAAAAUCAAAAUAGCGGUUCUUCUCUUGCAAGAGCUGCCUUUCACUUUGGUAAGUCGCAUAAAUCAAUGGAAGAUGAAAGGGAGACCUUGCUUGGGAUCCUGGGUGAACAGGUUUCUGAGCCACUACGGGCAUUAAUUAUGGGAGCUCCUUUGGAGGAUGCUCGGCACUUGACUCACCGUUAUGACAGACUCCGCCAAGAGGUUGAAGCUCAGGCAACAGAUGUAUUGAGGCGUAGAUCAAAGACGAGGGAAUCCGAUAUAUCUGCAGAAAGCUACACGAAGCUUAAACAAGCAGAAGCAAGAUUGACUGAACUUAAAUCCUCAAUGAUGGUACUAGGAAGAGAAGCAACUGCUGCCAUGUUGUCGGUCGAGGAUCAGCAGCAAAAGAUUACUUUCCAGCGGCUUCUUGCAAUGGUUGAUGCUGAAAAAUCUUAUCAUCGAUGUAUUCUUGCUAUUUUAGAGAAGCUAUAUGAAGAGAUGAUUCUAGAGGAGCAGAUGAACAAGUCAUUGAACUCAGUGACAUUGCAGAGAGAGGUGAAUGUUGCCCUUGCACAUGAUAAAAGUAGUUCAAAUAGAUCUGAAGCUCAGGCAAACAAUCAAAGCGAUGUAUAUUUCAUAGCAAAGGUUGUACACCCAUUUGAUGCUGAAGCAGAUGGGGAGUUGAGCUUAGAAGUUGGUGAUUAUGUUGUGGUUCGCCAGGUGGGUCCUAUUGGAUGGUCGGAAGGAGAAAGCAAGGGCAAGGCUGGAUGGUUUCCCUCUGCUUAUGUAGAAAGACAAGAGAGAGCACCAGCAAGCAAGAUAAUUGAACCAAACUCGGCCGGCAGCCCGAUAAGCUAACCAGUUGGAGUUGGAGAGUGGUAAAAAAAUUUAGUAGUAAUAAUAAAAUUGUAAAUGCCCGCCCCCAACUCCUCUGAACAUAGAUAUAGUGCCCUUUGUAAUAUUCUGGUAAUCUGUACUAUUUUUUUUUUUUUUUGUGUGUGCUAUUGUAUGGUAAAUAAUCAAACCCACGCUACG